AUGAAAUCGUCACAUCCAUCUCUCAUCUGCAUACUCUUUCUCUCUCUGUUCCAUCUACAUCAAUGUGUGAGGAUACAAAGAUCUGAGAACAUUGAUGAAACUAUAUGCGUCCUUGGCGAGUGCGAUAAUGACCUAGGAUGUUUUUAUUGCUGCCCCAACACGCCUCUUUGCUUAGGAAACCAACAAUAUUGCAACACCUUUUGUCAAACUCAAAAUUAA